AUGACCCAAGCCGAACGACAGCCCCUGCUGGGUAUCUCCAGCACACCCGUCUUCCCGGACGAGGUGCCCGACGCCGAAUCCGCCGCCCGACCGGCCACCAACAGCCCCAAAACCCUCACCUGGACGAGCGCGUACAUCCUCGUCAUCUCCCGCGUCAUCGGCAGCGGCAUCUUCGCGACCCCGGGCUCGAUCGUCAAAUCGGCGGGGAGCGUGGGUCUGUCGUUGUUGAUCUGGGGGGUGGGCACCGUGCUCGCCGCGUGUGGGCUGGCCGUGUCGCUGGAGUAUGGGUGCAUGCUGCCUCGCUCGGGCGGCGAUAAGGUGUAUCUGGAAUAUACCUACCCGCGGCCGCGCUUCCUGGCCUCGACCUUGAUCGCCGUGCAGGCGGUGCUGCUGGGGUUCACGGCCAGCAACUGCAUCGUCUUCGCCAAGUACACCUUCUUCGCGUUCAAUGUCGAGCCGACUGAGCUGCAGCACAAGGUCCUGGCGCUGGGGUUGAUUACGGUUGUCACGAUCAUGCACGGGUUCUUCCUGCGGACGGGCAUCUGGGUGCAGAACGUGCUGGGAUGGCUGAAGAUCUUUCUGGUCGGGGCCAUCUCGUUGACCGGCAUCUGGGUGAUUCUCGUGCGUCCGCCCAGCGAGACGGAUGCCUCGUUUGGGGAUGAGCGGGGAAGUGUGUUCAGCUCGUGGGAUUCGUUGUGGGAGGACUCCAACUGGAGCUGGAAUCUGCUGUCCACGUCUCUAUUCAAGGUCAUUUACUCGUACGCUGGGCUGAGUAACUUGAACAACGUCAUGAACGAGGUGCGAGAUCCCGUUCGCACUCUCAAGACGGUGUGUCCUGCGGCGCUCCUGACGGCGGGGGCGCUGUACUUUCUGGCAAAUGUCUCUUACUUUCUGGUGGUCCCGAUCGAGGAGAUCAAGAACAGCGGAGAACUCGUGGCAGCGCUGCUGUUUGAGCGGCUGUUCGGGAAUCAGAUCGGGAGGACGUUGCUUCCUCUGGCCAUUGCCAUCUCGGCCGCUGGCAACGUCAUGGUAGUGACUUUCGCGUUGGCCCGUGUCAACCAAGAGAUUGCCCGCCAGGGGUUUCUGCCCUGCUCAAAGGUGCUUUCGUCCUCGCGACCGUUCGGAGCACCGCUAGGUGGAUUGAUCGUGCACUACAUCCCCUCCGUCCUGGUGAUUGCCCUGCCGCCCCAAGGCGACGUCUACAACUUUAUCCUGGAUGUCGAAGGCUAUCCGGGCCAGUUCUUCAGUCUAGCUGUCACACUAGGGCUCCUGCUGCUUCGCUACAAGGAACCCGACCUCCCGCGUCCGUUCAAGGCAUGGCUGCCCGCUGUGUGGCUGCGCGUGCUCAUCUCCUUGGUCUUGUUGGCGUCGCCCUUCUUCCCGCCAGAGGGCGGCAAGGGCGACGUGGGCUUCUUCUACGCGACGUAUGCGAUUGUUGGAACUGGCGUAAUCGUGUUUGGAGUGCUAUACUGGUACGUAUGGACGGUUCUGCUGCCCCGGUGGGGCGGAUAUCAUCUGGAGGAGGAAAAGGCCGAGCCCCGGACCUCCCCCCACGACGUCCACACCGUCCUGAACUACAUCAAAGAAGUCGAAGACGGCUCGCACCUGCGGCCCAACUACGCGGGCAAAGCCGACUCCUUCGAGCGGCCGUCCGAGGCCGUGCCGACGACCAUCCACGACGUCAGCGGCCACGAAGCCGAGUACACGCUGGACGGCAACGGCUUCCAGUUCCACCCUCACGCCAGUGCGGAGAAAGACUUCCUGGAUGACGAGCAGAUCAAGCGGGUGUAUUACCCGGAGGUGGAUCGGUUGCUGAAGGAAGUGACCGGCGCAACCCGUACCUACAUCUUCGACCACACGAUCCGCCGCCCCGCGGCCAACGCCCAGGCGCAGCUCCGCACCCCGGUGCACCGCGUGCACAUCGACCAGUCCUUUCCCGCAGCCGUCUCGCGAGUCUCGCACCACCUCCCCGACGACGCCGCGGAGCUCCUGAAAGGCCGCCACCAGAUCAUCAACGUGUGGCGGCCGCUGAAGACGGUGCGCCGCGACCCGCUGGCCGUGGCCGAGGCGCACACCGUCGACGACGCCGACCUCGUCCCCAUCAAGCUGAUCUACCCGGACCGCGAGGGCGAGACCUACGCCGUGCGCGCCAACCCCGCCACGAAAUGGUACUACCGGCACGCGCAGACGCCCGACUGGGUCACGCUCAUCAAGUGCUACGAUAGCAAGACGGACGGGCGCGCGCGCCGCGUGCCGCACAGCGCGUUUGUGAUCCCGGGGACCGAGAACGAGGAGGCGAGGGAGAGUAUCGAGGUGCGGGUUCUGGUGUUUACGCCCGAGGAUCGGGAGUAG